GUGGCCACUCCCCCACCCCACCACCACCACCGCCCAUGGCUUGCCGAUUUGAUGCAAAACUGCUCUGCACACCCAUUCGCUCUCCUCCCGUGCUCUGCUCCGCUCAUCCAGAGUCACAGCAACUUCUUCCUCCCCGCCGCAUUCCCCUUCCCCAUUCUCCCACUCCUCGCGCCCGCAUUCCCCUUCCCCUCCUCUGCGCCGCGCCGGCGAACAAGAUGGUUCGCACUCGCGGCGGCAAGGACAACUGGGUGUUGCCGCCGGACGCCGGCGUCCCUCUCGGUGAAGACGGUGUCCAGCUCAAGGAGGAAGACGGGGAGACCGCAGCGACGGUGAUGGUGCCCGCCGCCGCCGCCGCCCCGAGAGUGGAGAUCGCCGUCGACUUCGACAAGUCCCUGCUGGACUGCCCCGUCUGCUCCUUGCCGCUCAAGCCUCCCGUCUUCCAGUGCCCGGCGAAGCACGCGGCGUGCGGCCCCUGCGCCGCGAACCUGGCCAACAAGUGCCCGGCGUGCGACGGCGCGUACGAGCGCGACGACGCGGCCGACCGCUACCUCCUGGCGGUAAGGGUGCCCUGCCCCAACCAGGCGUACGGCUGCGGUAGCUCCGUGGUGUACUGCAUGGCGGGCGACCACCGGCUGGUGUGCCCGCACGCUCCGUGCCGCUGCCCCGAGCCCGGAUGCGGCUUCCUCGGCGCCCCGCCCGCGCUCCGCGGCCACCUCGCCGAGCGCCACCAGUGGCAAGUGACCGAAAUCGCCUACGGGUCCGUGCUCGAGGUCCAGAUGCAGGCGGUGGAGCAGGGGUGGCGGCUGCUGGCCGCGGAGGACGGGGAGCAGCUGUUCCUGCUCGUGGCGAGCGAGCGCGGCGUCAAGGUGGUGCGCGUGGCCGCGCCCGCGGAGGAGGAAGGCUGGUACAGGUGCAAGGUGUGGGUGCACGCGCCCGUGGACACGGACACCGGCCACAUGGACGUCCUGAUGCUGGACGCCAAGGUGGAGAGCUGCCCGGUGCCCUCGGAGGAGGCGGCCAUGGGCGCGGGUGGCAGGUACCUGCCGGUGCCGUCCGACGUGCCGGCGCCGGAUGGAGGAGGGAUCGUCAUCCGUCUCCGCAUCGACAAGGAGGUCAAGGCGAGCCACGGCAACAAGUGCCCGGCUGUACGCUAUAUAUGCAGCUGAUCACUGGAUUCCUAAAUGGGAGGGACCUUGUAGGAUGUUAACUGUCGAAGCUGAAAAUGCAGCAGCAGGGGACGGGGCUGCGUCCAUGGAAGUUCCUCUGCACAUCCGCAUCGACAAGCUCUCCCCUUGGUCCGACGCAUUGGUGUGAUUAGCUCCAGCACUCAAGGCAGUUCGUGGUUGCAUAUUUUGGAGUUGCAGCUGAAACUAAGUACUCUAUCUGGGUGAUGUUUAUUAGCAGAUGCAGUCCGUCUUUGAUGGUAGUCCUAUCCUACCUAGUAGUCAACUUUAGUGUCAUUGUAGGGUCUUUAAAUCCGAGGAUAUUAAGCUUGCUUGGUGCUAAUCCUGUGGUGAAAUGCAUCUUCUUCCGGUGUUAUAUCAUUCCAACUUGCAAGCAUUUCAUUUGCAUC